GGAGACGACACCCGGGAACACCUGAGCAACGUUUUGUGAAGAUAUGUGGAGACUCAGGAACUGAUCUCCUACCCCAGCUGUUUGUCACUCAGUUUUGUUUUUUGUUUUUUGUUUUUUGUUUUUUUAUUUUUUUUAAUUGCUGCAACAUCUGGAAUGCUUAACGUGGACUGAUGGAUGUUUCCGAACUGUGCAUCCCCGACCCGCUCUGCUACCACAACCAGUAGGUUGCUGACCAGAAUGCCCUCUGAGGACCGGCACCUGUCCUCCAGCUGUGGUUCCUACGUCAAAACUGAGCCCUCCAGUCCGUCCUCCUCCCUCGUGGACACCGGCAGCCACCACAGCCCCAGCGGCAACUCCGACGCCAGCGGCGGCUACAUCAACGGCGGCGGCGGCGGCGGCGGGCGCUCGCACGCCCUGGACUCCCCGCCCAUGUUCAACCCGGGAAUGCUGGGCGGCGGCAGCGCCUGCCUGCGCCGCUACGAGGAGUGCUCCGGCGGCCUGGUGGACGACUCGCCCAUCAAGUGCGAGUACAUGCUCAACGCCAUCCCCAAGAGGCUGUGCCUGGUGUGCGGCGACAUCGCCUCGGGGUACCACUACGGCGUGGCCUCCUGCGAGGCCUGCAAGGCCUUCUUCAAAAGAACGAUACAAGGAAAUAUUGAGUACAGCUGUCCAGCCACCAACGAAUGUGAGAUCACUAAGAGGAGACGAAAGUCCUGCCAGGCCUGUCGCUUCAUGAAGUGUCUUAAAGUCGGCAUGUUGAAAGAAGGUGUGCGUCUGGACCGGGUCAGAGGGGGCCGGCAGAAGUACAAGCGGAGGUUGGAUGCGGAGAACAGCUCUUAUCUCGGCCUCACCAUCCCCCCUCCUGCCAAAAAACCACUGACGAAGAUCGUCUCCCACCUGCUGGUGGUGGAGCCGGAGAAGAUCUACGCCAUGCCCGACCCCACCAUGCCCGACGGGGACAUCAAGGCCCUGACCACGCUGUGCGACCUGGCCGACCGCGAGCUGGUGGUCAUCAUCGGCUGGGCCAAACACAUCCCAGGAUUCUCCACGCUGUCGCUGGCGGACCAGAUGAGCCUCCUCCAGAGCGCCUGGAUGGAGAUCCUGGUGCUGAGCAUCGUGUUCCGCUCGCUGCCCUGCGAGGACGAGAUCGUGUACGCCGAGGACUACGUGGUGGACGAGGAGCAGGCCAGGAUCUCGGGCCUGCUGGACCUCCACGUGGCCAUCCUGCCGCUGGUGCGGCGCUACAAGAAGCUGCGCAUGGAGAAGGAGGAGUUCGUCACGCUCAAGGCCAUCGCGCUCGCCAACUCCGACUCCAUGCACAUAGAGAACAUCGAGGCCGUCCAGAGGCUCCAGGAUUCUCUACACGAGGCCCUGCAGGACUUCGAGGGCUCCCAGCACCCGGAGGACCCGCGGCGGGCGGGCAAGCUGCUCAUGACCCUGCCGCUGCUGCGUCAGACCGCCACCAAGGCCGUGCAGCACUUCUACAGCAUUAAAAUGCAGGGCAAGGUCCCCAUGCACAAACUGUUCCUGGAGAUGCUGGAGGCCAAGGCUUGACACCUGCGUCAGGUGUCGCCCAGGAAGCCGCAUCACCCCCGAUCCCGGGCGAAGGACGGCCGGUCGGGAGGGGGGGGGGAAAAAAAAACAACAAUAAAGAAAGAAAAUAAUAACGCUGGUGUGCCAAUUGACGGUAAAAAGGAUGAAGCUCGGACUACAGAGUCGUUUUAACACUUUUAAACGGUAAUAAAUGUAAAAGAGAAAAGGGACUUCAAAUAGUUUUAACAGGGGGCGACGACCGACUCGACUCGAUGUGGGAUCACGACGAUUGUAAAUAAAGAUGUUGUGUACAGAAAUCAGGCAGCCGGGGUCUUGUUAUAACCAGAGAUCAAUUGCUCUAUAUCACCUGAAGCUUCUGUGAAUUUGUUUCUUAUCUAAUUUUCAUCUC